AUGAAUCGUUACUUACCUGUGAUUUUGAUAAUCCUGCUACGGACCACAACGGAUGGAGGUCAUGUUGACCUUAAGAAACACAGACUGCAGACGAUACCGAGCAACAUCUCGGCAUUAACAGAGAGAUUAGAUCUGAGUUGGAAUCUCUUGAGGGCCAUAGCCAAUAAUGAUUCGUUCAUCAACCUGAGCUCUCUGACGUCUUUGGAUCUAUCGUACAACCGAUUAGAAACCCUACAACCAUGGGCUUUCAGAGGAUUGUCAAAGCUCUUGUCUCUCAAUCUAAGCCAUAACAAACUUCGGCUAACCUACGAAGCCUAUCCUCCUAAUGUCUUUCGUACAGUACAGCGGUUAGAGACAUUAAAGAUAAUCUACAAUGCUAACAUGGACAGAAAAGAUCUAUCAAAUGGGUAUCCAGAUCAACUGUUCAGUAACCUAGGAUCUGUGACACUUCUUGCCAUUGAUGGUAUUAACGGACUACCUUUUGGGCAAGGACUUUAA